UAGAAAAGAAUAAAACUUCAGAUCAUCUUGAUGGACCUCUCUAUAAAUACGCUCUCUGCAGCUUCGGUUCGUUGAACUUAUAAUCAAUCUCUCAUCUAAAAAAACAAUUCAGAAAGUGAAUCUUCAGAUAUCGAUGGCGACCAAAGUGUAUAUCGUGUACUACUCAAUGUAUGGUCAUGUGGAGAAAUUAGCUGAAGAGAUAAGGAAAGGAGCUGCUUCUGUUGAAGGUGUUGAAGCCAAGCUAUGGCAGGUACCAGAGACGCUUCCAGAAGAAGCACUCUCUAAGAUGAGCGCACCACCAAAGAGCGAAUCACCAAUCAUCACACCAAACGACCUCACCGAAGCUGACGGCUUCGUCUUUGGGUUCCCGACGAGGUUCGGCAUGAUGGCUGCCCAGUUCAAAGCCUUCUUGGACGCAACCGGUGGACUCUGGAGGACUCAGUCACUCGCUGGUAAACCAGCUGGUAUCUUCUACAGCACUGGCUCUCAAGGCGGUGGCCAAGAAACCACCGCAUUGACGGCGAUCACUCAGCUGGUCCACCACGGGAUGAUAUUUGUCCCCAUCGGUUACACAUUUGGUGCUGGGAUGUUCGAGAUGGAGAAUGUGAAAGGUGGUAGCCCCUAUGGAGCUGGAACAUUCGCUGGAGAUGGUUCAAGGCAGCCAACUGAGCUUGAGCUAGCCCAAGCGUUUCACCAAGGCAAGUACAUUGCAACCAUCACCAAGAAGCUCAAGGGAUCUUCUUCUGCUUAGAGACAGCCCGGCCCUUUGAAAAAAAUAUAUCAAUAAGAAAAAAACAAUCAUAUAUUUUAUUUCGGGUUUUGAUUAUCAAAAACAUGGUAUUGUUUCACAAACAAUCAUUCUUGUCUUGCUUUUACGUAUUAAGAUAUGUAAUGAUUUAUGCUUGUUCUCUCGACUUGUUUGUCUCUUUCUCGUAAAGGAAUGUAAGGAAACCAACCCAUUCUCAUCUC